GCGAUAUCCUGCAUGGCUGUUAUCGUGUUGAUGUUUUUUUACAUCUACAAGUUCAAGUUCUCUGAAUUUAUUCGCGUGUUAUGUACACGCCUAUAGUCCUAAUAUCAUCCCGUCGCCACAAUGAGCUCUCUGACAAGCGAUUUGACACUCAAUCAAAUAGAUGAGUGGUUUAAAAUCGGCGCACCGCCGCCCAAGGCAGAGACAAUUCCUCGAAGUAAACUUCAAGGCCAUUAUCUUGACCCGACUACCGGCGAGGCGUACCAGAAAAGGAGCAAAUCCUUCAUUCCGCCGUACAAAAGAAAUCCCAGGGAUAACAACCCUAAACAGACAGAGUAUGCACAGAAAUAUCUAGAGGAAGAACGGCAACGAGAGUUGAGACUAAUGAAAUCUGAUACAGAUCUUGGAUUACCGAUUUUAACUACUAGAUCUCCAGGAGGACUUUCAGAUCUUGAUUUUGCAACUACUUCAGAUGUCUACGAGACGCUGGGUUUUCCCGACCAAAAACCGUUGGAGUUAGCUGCUGAAGUCUACAAACAUUACAGAUUUGACCAUACUUACAGCCCUGAUUUACCAAUCACAGAGUUCCAGGACCAGAUUAUCAGUACCAUUGAAAGCAACCAGGUGACUGUGAUACAAGGUUCUACUGGUAGUGGUAAGACAACACAAGUACCACAAUAUAUACUGGACCAUUAUGCCAGCGAGAACAGGUACGUCAAUAUAGUUGUGACUCAACCAAGACGUAUUGCCGCCAUAAGCAUUGCUAAGAGGGUUUGUGCUGAACGUGGAUGGCAGCUCGGCAGUCUUGUUGGUUAUCAGGUUGCGUUAGACCGGUGCAUUACUGAUGAUACUAGACUCACCUAUCUAACAACUGGAGUGCUGCUGCAGAAACUUAUUAACAGUAAAAAUAUGAACAUGUUCACCCAUGUCAUACUAGACGAGGUUCAUGAAAGAGACCAAGACUCUGACUUUUCUCUCUUAGUGGUGAGAAAACUACUUCGAAGUACAUCAAGGCAUGUGAAGAUUAUCUUGAUGUCUGCCACUAUUGAGAGUGAUUUAUUUGCUGGCUAUUUCUCACUUCCUGUGAGAGGUAAACUAGAGAGUGCUCCUGUCGUCUCUGUGGAGGGUAAAGCGUAUGAUGUGACUGAGUAUUACCUGGAAGAUCUUCGUAAAUUUGGGCAGAUGCCAUUUCUAGAAAGAGACAAUCCCAGUGUUUCUCCUGAUGCUAUAUAUUUGGCACGACAACUGAUAUUAGAGUUUGACCAGUUAGAGCUGAAAGAGCAAGAAGAAAGAAUUGAUGGGUUUCCAGCUAACAGAGGAACUGUCUUGGUGUUCUUACCGGGUAUAUAUGAAAUCAACGAAACAUUUCAGGCCCUGAACGAUGACGUCAUACGCCAUAGAUUAUGGCUGCUUCCACUACACUCUAGUAUCACAAGUGAAGAACAGUCUCAAGUGUUCUUGAAAGCUGAAAAAGGCAGGAGAAAGAUUAUUCUGGCGACUAAUAUAGCGGAGAGUUCCAUCACUGUCACUGAUAUCAAAUAUGUGAUUGACUUCAUGUUGAUAAAGUGUUUGGUGUGUGAUCCAGAGACUAACUACCAAAGUCUACAGUUGAGCUGGGCAUCCAAGGCAAAUGCUACUCAGAGGAAAGGACGCGCUGGCCGUGUAUCCUCUGGAAAGGUGUACCGAAUGAUUACUAGGGACUUCUGGGAUAGAAACAUUCAUGAUUACGGAAUACCUGAAAUGGCACGAUGUCCAUUAGAGCUUCUGGUACUACAAGUUAAAAUUCUGGACCUAGGGGAGCCUAAAGCUAUAUUGGCACUUGCACUCACACCCCCUAAUUUAGAUGAUAUUGAACGUACCAUACUUCUUCUCAAAGAGGUAGGAGCCCUGUCCACUGUAACGUCCGGCAUUCUCAACCCACAUGAUGGUGAUUUGACGUUCGUUGGUAGAGUGUUAGCGUCCUUGCCCGUUGAUAUCAAGAUUGGUAAACUGAUGGUACUUGGUCAUGUCUUUGGAUGUCUAGAAGAGUGUAUAAUAAUUGGUGCAUCAUUGUCUCUACAGAGUUUUUUUGCUCAACCAUUUAGAGAAUAUCUUAAUGCAUAUAGAUCUAAGAUGACAUGGGCAAACGAUUCCUUUAGUGACUGUAUUGCAAUGUUGAAUGCUUACAAGAUGUGGGAAGGAUGUAAUUGGCGUGGUGAAUUUAGACGAAGUGGUUCUGCUGAGUUGACGUGGUGCAGGAAAAACAUGAUACAGUUGAAGAGGAUUCGAAAAGUUGCGGAAACUGUGAAAGAAUUGAAAGAACGACUUGCAAAUCAUAAUAUCAAAGUACCACGUCAUGGUCCUAAUCUAGGUCAUCAACAACAACAAGCCAAAACCCCCACCAAUGCUGCCCAGGAUCUGUUGAUAUUGAAGUUGGUGAUUUGUGGAGCAUUUUAUCCAAACUACUUCCAGUGUGGCCCACCUGAUGAAGCUGAAGCACUGAGGACCUUGUCUGGAAAGGACCCAACCUCUACAGUUAUGGUGAAGAACGUCCCACCAAUGGGUCACUUGUAUAAGAACCAGAUUGCUGCACUCUUUAGAACUUGUGGUAAAGGAAACAAACUCUACUUUGAAGACACCAGAUGUUAUAUUGAAUUUGAACGACCACGUGAAAUUAAGGAACAGUCUAUAUUGCCGGCUGUGUACUUGGCAGUCAAAAUGAGGCAUUUACGAACUAGAUUAGAGUUACAGUUAACUGAGAUAUCUGCUGCUGAUCAAAAGAUGUUGAAUACGCAUACGUUACGUCCUGAAAAUAAACUCCGAACUAACAGGUUGGGUGUGCUUUGUGAAGACCCAGCCGAUGGUAGUAAUAAAAUUAGACUGGUAACAGACAACGGUAAUGAACCAAAGCAGGUUGAUCUUCCUGCAGCUGGUAACAACUGGAUUGAUAUAUUUGUUACUGAGGUAGUGGAUGCUAAUCAUUUCUGGGCACAUUAUGGUGAUGCAGUUACUUUUCAGAAUCUACGUAAUUUAAUGGACACUCUUAACCAGUAUGAUGGCAUUCAUUUGAAGCCAAUUGUUGAUGCCUGUAAAGGCCAGAUUUGUCUAGCCCCAUAUAUGGAGGAUAAACAGAAGUUUUACAGAGCCAGAAUAGAUAGUCUCCAUGGCGAUGCUGUUGAGGUAUUCUUUGUUGAUUAUGGUAAUGUAGAUGUUGUACCAAGGAAAAAUCUGAGAGAAGUUCCGAGUGAUUUAUUAAAACUUCCAUUCCAGGCAUUUGAAUGUGUACUUUCUGGUAUCAAACCCUACUAUCUUCUACCAGACAGUAAAUGGAUGCCUCAAGCUAAACAGAAAUUGAUCGAGGUGGUAUCGGACAAGAUCAUGUUUGCCAAGAUCUAUUCUGUAGUCAGAAACUGUCUUAGAAUUGAGUUAUUUGACACCACCCGCAACCCACAGGUCAAUAUUAAUGAGUUGAUGAUUAAACUGGAGUUUGCUGAAAAGUGUGAAGAGCCUUAUAGCUCUAGGGUAAAUCAUGAACAGAGGGAAGAAGCUAGUAUUGAGACGAGCAUUGAUGAACAGUUGGUUGAAAUCCCACAAGAAACUGUAUUGAGAGUUAUACAGCAAGGUAGAAGAAAGGGAAGGGUAUUUCUACACGGUCCAUUUAGUCCUUAUGAAAUGAACUUCUACCCAAUGACUCAGGUUGGCAGAUUCAGAUGUAUAUUUUUGGAACCUGGAAGUGUUAAUUCUGUUGCCUUGAAUUCUGAGCCUCAGGACAAGCAUGAAAGAAUGAUGGUUUCGGCAUUGGUCAGUGUUAACAGUUCAGGUACUGCUUUGAUGGCAAGAGAUACAUCAUUGAUGCCUAAUAUACAUGGCUUGGCUGCAAUUGUCUCUAUGCUGUUUGCACCAGCUAUUGAACUCAGGACUGAUCCCCAGAAGCGACGCUACACUGGUGUACUCUGUGGCCUUGGAUGGGAUCCUGACAGCAAUGGGGCAGCAUUACCCGAUCAUGAUAUGGAAAUUACGUUUGAUGCCAACAUUACAACUGAUGAUAUUAGCAUGAUUAAUGGUGUUCGCAUGGCAAUUAAUAUAGCAGUAGGGAGUGAGGAUGCAAUUGCUGAAUGGGGACCGGCAGCUAUCUUCAGAAUACAGAAAUCAGCCAGAGAAAAAUUAUUAAGGUUGAUUAUGAAACGAAGAGAGCUGGUAACACCGUACAACUAUGAAAGACCUUAUAGAUGGAAUAUGGUAAACCCGGAUGAUAUUCUGCCCCAUGAAUUGGAAGGCACCAAAGCUGAUUGUCCAGUGUUGUAUCAGUUGUUCGAUGCCAUAGCUGUCUCUGGAGACUUGGAAGCGUCUGAAGAAGAUAGUGACAGAAGAGAAAAGAUGAUUGCCCAUUUAAGGGAUCUCAAAGAGAGAGCUGGGAGAUCUAUUGCAUCAGACCCUGUCUACUGUCAACUCUGUGAAGCCCUGCUUCAUUCACCAAAAGAUUUACUUCUACAUAUGGAAACAGAGAAACAUCAAACCAAAGAAAGACAUGUGUACCAUCCACAAUGCUUUUAAAAACCCAUCUCAUAUAAAUUAUACCAUAAAUCACAAUACUGUGUUUUGUUAAUUGCAGGUACCGAUAGCAUUUCUUUUAACACUGAAUGUGUUACAAUGGUAAUGCAUUAAUAUUUUCUUGAAGCUGGGUUGUAGGAUAAAUUUACUUUGUGCAUUUUUUUUCAUUAUUUGAUCAUUCAUUUGCGAAAUAUCUUGUAACAAUGAAAAUAGAAGAAGUUGUUGUCAGGUAUUUAGUCAUCCUGUAUUACUGGAAUUGUCACAGGUGAAUUUAUUAAUAGAUGAUAGGCCAACAAUGAUGUGUCUUAGAGCAACACUUAAAAACUGUUCGAUCAUUAAAACAUACUUUUCAUAACUUUCAUCUUUAUGACAUAUGGUUACAUGUUCAGUAGGUUACAGAAAAUAUACUACUGGUAAUUACAUGUAUUGAUGAAUUAUUUAUCUGCCAUUUGUUCUUACCUUUGUUGCUCAAUUCAUACUGUGACUUCAUCAGCAUAAGUAAGUGUAAUUUGUUUUACCCCAAAUCAUUGUUCAAAUUAGAGGGAAAAAAAGUGAAUAAUAACUGGCAAUGACCAUCUGCAU